AUGCCAUCCAUAGACGACUCUAAAUGCAUUCUCGUUACUGGUGCCACCUCCGGCAUUGGGCGUGCUCUUGCACUCAAUUUAGCCAGACUUCCCAGCCGACCUAAAGUCAUUGCAACCGGUCGUCGCAAAGAACGUCUAGAAGAACUCGAAAAGGCUGAUCUCCACGCAGUUUCAUUUGACUUGAGUGUAAACCUAGAGACGAUGAAGAAGAACAUGGAUGAACUGAUUGCCCAUUUUCCUGAGUUAGACACAAUCAUUUUAAACGCAGGAAUACAGCAUAUAUUCCACUUCAAAAAGGGGAUUGAGCUGUCUAGUAUUGUGGAAGAGUUUAAUGUGAAUUACCUCUCGGUUGUCUCCUUGAUAACCUAUAUAUUGCCACAUUUCUUAAAACUCUCGGAACAAGGGCGUCCUUCUUUCAUUAUCACAGUGACAUCAGGCUUGGCCAUUGUGCCGAACCCCAUGAUGCCAAAUUAUUGUGCAUCCAAAGAGGACCCCUGA